GUCUGAGGUGAAUGACCAACGGGUUUUACCUGCCCGCCGACGCCUAUUGCGCUGCAAUUUGCUUGCUUCUAAAUCACUCCCUGCGUUUAAAGGCAAGGUGGACAAAAGCUGGGAAGUAGAAAUUUAUCACUUUCUUACACCUAAGACAGCAGAAAUCCCACCUAGGCCUGCCACCAAGAUCUCCGAUUUGUUGGCUGUAAUGGGGGUUGUGCCUCAAGCCCUCACUCACAAUAUUUACUAGGCACCUUCAUCUAUUAAUGUUGGCUCAUGCCGGCCUGCGAGUGUCCUAAGAUAGUAUGAUACCGGUAGUAACUCGACCCCUCCAUCCUGCAUCCCUCUCUUCUGCUUCGACACCUAAGCAACCAGCCAUCGCGCUCCACAACCUUCCAUCUAGUUCCAUCAAACAGUUCCAUCACUACUCGACUUGGGGAACGGACAGCCGGGAAAGUUUUCUUUCAAAGUAUCCAUUCAAAGCUCCUUCACCAUGUCUGAUCAAGACUCUUUGAUUCAGAACUUUUGCACCGUCACGGGUUCCGAUCCUCAACAGGCUCGUCAUUUACUCGAAGCUUCAAAUUGGGAUAUUGAGUCUGCGACCGCACAGUUUUUCGAAGCCAACGAAGACGAUAUUACUGGAGUUUCCCAUCAUCAUCUCGACUCUGACUCGGACGGAAGCGAGGCUCAUUACGAUCCGCCCAGACAAGCACCGGGAGGUGCCACCGCCUCGAGCUCCAAAUCCAGGUUUGCUACUCUUGGAGAUUUGAAGGGCAAAGAUGGCGAAGAGGAUGAAAACUCCGAUGAUGAGAACCAGGACUUGUUUGCUGGAGGCGAAAAAUCUGGCCUAGCUGUUCAGAAUCCCGGCGAUCCUCGUAAUAAGGGGCAUAUUAUUCAGGAUAUACUCAAGCGUGCAGCGGAAGGAGGUCCAUCACGCCCACAGGAUGAGGAAGCCGGUCCGUCUCGCCCACGUUUUAGCGGCACUGGUCGUACUUUGGGAAGCGAUGACACUGAGUCUGUUGAAAUCCCCGACCCUGAUGCUGCAAUACGCCGUACCCAAAUUCCUACCGUUACCCGCUCCCUCACCUUCUGGCGCGAUGGUUUUAGUGUUGAAGAUGGGCCAUUGAUGCGUUACGAUGAUCCUGCAAAUCAGGAUGUUCUCCGUGCCAUCCAGAAUGGACGUGCGCCAUUAAGUUUGAUGAAUGUUGAGCCGGGCCAGCCAGCUGAUGUCAAUGUUUUCAGACGUAUUGAUGAGGACUACGUUCCAACAAAGAAGAAGCCGGCUCCUUUUAGUGGUACAGGGCAGAGGCUUGGUUCUCCUACCCCCAGUGCAUUGUCCUCUUCCAUGGCGCCCCCUCCGGCCAACACCCCCCCUGCUGCUCCCCCAGCAUCUGCUCCGGUCCCGGCGCCCGCUGUUGAUGUGGAUGAUUCUGCACCUCAUACUACCUUGCAGAUUCGGCUGAGCGAUGGAACGAGGUUGAGGAGCAGAUUCAAUCAUAGCCAUACCGUCGGGGAUGUCUAUGGCUUUGUCAACGGCGCAAGUCUGGAGAGCAGAACCAGGAGCUACCUCUUGCAGACAACUUUCCCCACUAAGGAGUUGAGGGAUAUGGAACAGACAAUUAAGGAUGCGGGUUUGAUUAAUGCGGUUGUUGUGCAGAAGUGGGCAUAGAUUUCCUAGUUCUUUUUACAUGGACAAAAAACGGCGGUGAAUUAAAUGGACUUUGUAAUGUUCUCACGACCCCUUGCUCGUAUUUCUUGUUCUGCUCUUUAAGGUUUUCUCAAUGGGAAAAACAUUGGCUGUGAAAUGGCGCUUUGGCUUUCUUUCGACCUUGUCUGCCCCAGCGGUAUAUGUUAUUAUUAUCGGUCUAAAUGGGAAUGGGAGGAAGCGUCAAAAUUUCACGUUAAAUGCGUCAUCAAAAGAACUCGUGGAGUUUGCAGAAAUGUAUACUAAAAUACCAAGCACGAAUAUUAAGAAUACCAUAACACA